AUGAAAACUUUUAACAGAAAUAAUAAUAAUGAUACAUAUAUAGCAAAAAAUACUAAUAAUAAUAAUGUAACAAUUUUUAAUAAACUCUUUUCAUUUAUAUUUAAGCUAUUGAAAAUAAUAAUAUCCCUCUUAUCUGCAUUAAUAACAUCACUUUCAGUUGUUCAUUUGGUCAAAUUGAUUACAAUAAAUAAUGUUUUUAAAAAUAAUAGUUUAAAUAUACACACUGGUGUACCAACCACCAAAAUGUUUGAAGAUUUAGCCAUAAAUAGUAUUUUAGUUUCAAUAUUUAUUUUGCAACACAGUUUAAUGGCAUGCAAAUUCUAUAAAUCAUUUAUUAGAUCUUCAAGUUUUGCUCCAUUAGAGAGAUCAAUAUAUAAUUUAAUUACCUCUAUAGUUAUCGAGGCGAUGAUAGAGAAUUGGAGACAUAUAGAUUUUUUAAUUUGGAAUAUAUCAGAAUAUAAUUACAUUAUUUUACCAAUCAAAAAAUUUUUUAUUUUGGUUAUAAUUAUAGAAUUUUUUUUAUUUGAUGUUUUCGAACUUUUGGGUAUAGCACAGGUAUAUUGCGAUUGUUUUAAAAAUAAAGAGUACGAAUUAUCACCCCAAAGAAAUUUUGAUUUCUAUACAAUUUCAAGACACCCAAAUAUAGUAUCACUUUUAGUAUUGGUUUGGUUAUCAAGUUCAAAAAUGACAUUGGAUUUAUUUUCUUUGUGCUUACUUUUCAGUUUAUAUCUUUUUAGUGGUAACUCAUUAAGAAACAAAGACAGAAAAAAAAUCAAAUAA